AUGAGUGGGUUGGCUGAACAGAAAAUCCAGGACUUUGCGUCGUUAGUGAACGAUUCAACAUCAAACAGAGACCUUGUGGAGACAACGAACAUCAACAUGGUUGAUCCGUUUUUUGAAGCGAUGUUCAGUUUAGGCGAGCAAGAUUUGUACCUGAUGGAACAGGCAGUGGUGAGUUUUAUUCGCCUUAUGAAAACUCAUCCAGUCGAUCCAAGCUCACCAGCCCAGAUCACACCGUUGCCAUUCUACAGUCACUUUGAGGCAUACAUUGAUAAACUUGCCGUGAUCCUUUCUGAACCCCCCAAAACAGUUAGGACUGAAAAGAUCAAACAAGACUACAUAUUCCAAAUAUGGUGUGAAGCUGUCUAUUAUCUUGUCCACUCACACCAACAGUCAAUCAUUGAUUCGUUAUUUGGACACCACAUCCUUGCGUUGACUGUUGCCAAACUAGCAAACGACGAUUAUAAGACGUCCACAAUCAUGAUCAAGUCUGCGUUGGGUAUUUUAAGUGAGAUGGUCAAAAUGAAAAUGGCGGAUAAGGUCAUUGCCACAUUGGAUGAGGCGAAGUUGUGGGACAAACUUAAAAACGACGAAAACAACAAAGAGAUGAAGUCUUUUGCAAACGAACUUAUUUAUGAUAUGUAUCAAAAUACUGAAUACGCAGAAGCGCUUACAAAAAAUGGACUCAACAGUGAGGAGUUUGUGAAAAACGUGAACGGAUACCACGAAGAGUUGAGAAAGGAAUUAAUACCAGCAAGCGAAACAACUGGAGAGAUCAGUGGAGAGGAAGACGAGGACUAUGGAUACGGAUAUGAUGACGAAGAUGAAGACGAUGGAGAGGACGAAGAAGACGACAUGACAGCUCAGAUGGAAGACUUCUUUGAGGAAAUAAAAAACAAACCCGAGAUGCUUGAGGCUAUGGAAAUAGAUUCCAGCAUUCCAGAUAUGAAGGACGAUCCUUUGAUGCCAAAGGAUUUACCUGUGUUUUCAAAAAAAUUCGAGCAUUUGUAUGACGAAAUCAACAGACAAGAUAAUCUAUUUGUUUGA